AUGAGCACUGAUCCAAAUGUCCUUCUGCGAAGUUUGGUAAGCAGUGACCCACACAACCUGAAGAUAUGCCGCGCCUUCCAGCGGGUGGCGGCUGAUGAUGUGUUGCGCUGCAGGGCGGAGUUCUGCUACGAGUUGAAGCACCGUGGUUUUGCAAUCGUCCAGUCCGAUUUGAAAAGGCGGAAGGACGCUUUGAGUUGGUUGGAGAGUCUGGCCGGAGAGAGGGACCCGCAGCUGGCAGACUACGGCCUUGAUUCCCUUUCUGGCCACGUUCGGCAUGAGAGGGUGGAGUUCCCAAGACCUUUGCAGAGAUUAGACAUCACUGGAAUCUCAGCUGGAGAGGCUGUCGCAGAUGCAGGCGCUGCAGCCACCCUGCACCUAGCGAGAGAAUUGCAUGAGCUGUCUUUGACGUGCCUGGCGGCAGUGGCACAGCAUGAAGAAAUGCCAGAGCUCCUUGAUCUCGUGACAGAGACGCCCGAGCCGCUCCACAGUGCAAAGGAGCCAAGUUUCCUUCGAGCAAAUAUUUAUGGCGGCAAAGACAGUGCUGGACCCUGCUGGCACCUGGACCUAGGACUAUUGACUCUUGCACCAGCAGGGUCAUGGCCUGCAUUGAUGGCAUCCCCCUUUCAUGACACAAUCGGUGAAACAGCUUUCUUGGAAGAGCUUCUGGAUCCAGACCGAGAUGUGCUGGUUUUUGCCGGCACUGCUCUAGUUCUUGCCACAGCAUCAGCUUAUACUGGACUGGUGCAUGGGGUGUCGGCUGGCAGGCUCAAACAAGGAAGAGCGCGUGUCUCAGUGCCCUAUUUCCUGCGGCCGCGUCGCGGAGCCACCGUGGAGAAGCCACCCUGCUGCGAUGAGAGCUUGGCUUACCUUUACCCGGCCGCAGUGCAGCCAGAAGGCGGGGCUGCGCAACCUGUGCUGGAUCUUCUGCGCUUUCAUCGGGACUUGUAUGGCCGACUCUGUGCACGUGGUCAAGUCGUUCCGCUUUCAGCCUUUGCUUCACCUGAGCUGCAACAGAAAGUGAGGGAAGAGUAUUAUUUGUGA